AAAAGGAAGAAGACAACGAAAACGUAUCAUAAAAAAUAUUUAAGAGAAAAAUAAUAAUAAUAAAAAAAAACAAAGCCAAAUUAAACAACAAAAUAAAAUACAAGGAGAAAAAUCAUUUCGAGAACAACAAAUUAAAUCUCGUGCACCCGCACGUGGGUAUUGCAUGUGUGCGUGUGUGCCUGUCAGUGUGUGUGUAUGUGUAUAUGUGACAACUAAAACGGCAUCUACAACUACAAGCACAUAAACUGCAGCAACAAAUGCACCAACACCAACAACGCACACAAACACAAACAAUAAACAGAUCUGCCGUGGAUACUCUCUCUCUAUAUAUAUAUACUCUACCAAGCCGAAGACUUAUAAAUAUAUUCUACAACGCACUUCAGGAAGUCGGUCCACGGCCUAAACAAAUACCGAAUCGACAACACAAAACACAACACAGCACCUGGAAACCUAAAUGCCGCAUCUAGUCUAAUGUAUCGUCAAAAGUCUACAGAUUAAUUGUUGUUCCUAAGCCCGCCGCUUGAUGAAUAUUGGCCACGAAAAGCAUCCACACUUUCAUCCGCAUCCGCAACCGCAACCGCAUCCGCAUCCUCAGCUGCAGUCGAGCAGUCCAGCAGCAGCCGCCGCCGUCGCCGCCGCCACUGAAGUUCAUCGUUUAGCCGCCGGCGGUUCGGUUAGUCCGUCGUCGUCUUCUUUGUUAUACCACCUGCCCGUCACCUCCUAUCGCCACCCACUGCAAGGUCAUGAGCGGCAACAUAACCACCAUCACCUCCCCCACCACCAGCAGCAACAACACCAUCACCAGCACCACCACCAUCACCAUCACCCACAUUUACCACCAACUGGAGGGGACCUGCACCUGAGCCCCAAAUCCGUUUCAAUGGUGAUGACCCCCAGCCGACGCAGUUCGCCGCCCCUGCCGACGCUGCCCCUAACGACGCACCCGAUUCAUCCGCAUCCCCAUCCUUUGCCCUUGGCGCUACCGUUGCGCCAUCCCCUCACCCUGAAUGCAAACGCCGGUGGUCAACACUCGCCGUCCCGCUCCAGCAGCCAGCAGACGUCGUCGCAGUCGCACUCACAAUCGGCAGCACAAUCGAUGAGCGCCCACUUUUCGCAGCUGGCACAUGCCCAGCUGCAUUUGCAGAAUCAAUUGCAGCAAAAGCUAUCGGCGGCUAGUAGGAAUAAUAGUAGUAGUACCGGAUCUGGAACGGGUAACAGUACUCCCACGGAGAAUCCGAUGAAUCCGCUGAGUGAUUUGCAGAAUAUGCAACCCUUUGACUUUCGUAAAAUCAGCUCGGCGGCGGCAUUGGGCGCCUUUGGUGGUCCAUUACCAUUGCCGCCGAGUCCCACGGAAUUCGGACACCAUCAUCAUAAUCAGCAGCAGCAACAGCAGCAGCAUCAACACCACCUGCACCGGAGUAACCAGUUUUUCAAUGCAAUGGCCAUGGCCUAUCACCUGCCACCGCCACCGCCACCACCGCCUCCUGAUUCACGAUCACCGCCACCGCCACCGCCAGGAGUUGCCCAGUAUCCACAUCAAUCGGGUUCUGGUUCUGGUUCAGGAUCGGGUGGUUCAGGGUCUGGAUCAGUUGAAGAAUCCGCUGGCAAGCAGCAAAGAGGCAGCGAUAAGGGAUCCGCUUCAGGAUCAUGCUCGAAUUCGGGAUCCAAUUCGGGAGUUAGUUCACAGCGAAUGACCCGCCUGGCCUUGUCCUCCAAUAUGCGAUCUAGCCGAAAAACCCAUUCGCCCGGUGGAGCUGGAGGGAAUGGUGGCGGUUCUGGUGGCGGUGGCAAGCGGCAAUGGGGCUCAAUGCCCGCCAAUCUGGGCACUCAGUUCAUUAAUCCAGUGACGGGUAAAAAGAGGGUACAGUGCAAUGUCUGUUUAAAGACCUUUUGCGACAAGGGUGCUCUAAAGAUUCACUUUUCGGCAGUGCAUCUGAGGGAGAUGCACAAGUGCACGGUGGAUGGAUGCAGUAUGAUGUUCAGCUCAAGGCGUUCGAGAAAUCGGCACAGUGCCAAUCCGAAUCCCAAACUGCAUUCACCGCAUUUGAGACGCAAAAUCUCACCGCACGAUGGACGCAGUGCGCAACCGCAUCCGCUCUUGCUUCAGGCGCCCAACGGCCUCAUGGCGGGAUUAGCGCCUUUUGGAAGUUUUCCGCUGCUAACGCCACCGCCAGAUCUGCGUCAUCACGCGAUGGGCGGUUCGGGAGCGGGCUCAGGAGCUGGAGGCGGUGUCGGAGCUUUGGAAUUGAAGCAUGGACAGGAUUAUCUGCAGAGAUCCUAUUUGGAUGCCGGUCGGUACGAGGGACAGCGCCGCAAGCUGACGAUGGAAAAUGAGCACACCGAGGAUGAGGAUGACGAUGAGAUCCUUGAGGUUGGCAUCCACAUGGCCGGUGAUGAUGAUGACGACGAGGCUGACGGCGAUGAGGACGAUGAUGACGAUGAUCCCGAUGGCAUUGUUGUGGUUGGCGAUGAGCUAGACAGCAUUCCGCUGGACCAUGACAACGAUAACGAUAAUGAUAACGAUAACGAUGAGAGCGAUGAGCGCUCCACGUCGGCGGUUUCCAGCCUGAGUCAAACCAAAGAGCAAUCCAGUCCGGGCAAGGUCGUUCAGUCUGGCCUUGAGGAGUGCCACACAUAUGCCCACGCCCACGCCCACUCCCAUUCCCACGCCCAUGUCCAUGCCCAUGCCCACGCCCAAACCCUCGCCCAAAUGGCGGCCAAUAAACGGAAACGCAAAAGCCAAAAUCCAGUUCGAUGUCCAGUACAAUCGGAUGAGAAUUCUGGUGAAAAUUCGGUAGACUAUGAUGUGGCCGCCGAUCUGUCCAUUAAGAAGGUGCGUCUGCCAGCGCAGGCCGCCGCAUCCGCCAAAGAAACAGAGGUGGGCGAGUCUACUAAGUCGAUACCAUCGCCACCCCUCACACCCUACGGUGAUCUCAGGCCGGUGGGUCUCUGCAUCAAGACGGAACAGGAUCAGGAACCAGAACAUGAACCGGAAUCAGAACGCGAACAUGAACCUGGCACUGAAACCAAACCGGAACUAAAAAUGGAACGGGGAGAGGAGCAAGAAACGAGGCGACCAACUGUCCCUCAAGAUCAACGGGAGGCAGAGGAUGAGAAUGAGGCGCCGAUGGAUAAUACACUUGAUCUUUCAAGGGCGGCGGCCGCCAUUAAAUUGGAACCCUUGGAGGAGAUCAACUACGAGGCGGACGAGAAUCGCUAUGUACGCAUCAAGCAGGAGCUAAUGGGCGGCGAUGAGUCCUUGGCGGAGGAGUCCAGCGACAAGACUGCCAAUCACAAUAAUAAUAAUAAUAUUAAUAACAAUUGCGUGCGCCGGCAAAGUGGUAAUGGUUUGAGUUUGGGUUUAAGAUUGGGUGAUCUAGAAGAGCGCGAACCGGAAACGGAACCUGAACCUGAACCCGAACCGGAAGCAGAAACAGAAGUGCCCGAGGUGCCGAUUGAUAAGGAGAACCCACUGAAGUGCACCGCCUGUGGUGAGAUAUUCCAAAAUCAUUUUCAUCUUAAGACGCACCACCAGAGUGUCCAUCUCAAGCUGCACCACAAGUGCAAUAUAGAUGGCUGCAACGCCGCUUUUCCCUCGAAGCGAAGCCGCGAUCGUCACAGUUCGAAUCUGAAUUUGCAUCGCAAACUGCUGUCGACCAGCGAUGAUCAUGGUCUACUCCAUGCACCCGUAAUGCCCACGGAUCCACUGCUCGAGCUGAUGAGUCUCAAUUUGAACAACAAUAAGGCCGGGUUUCCGCACUCGGCAGUGGUUGGAUCAUCGGCGGGAGUGAAUGUUGGUCCAGCGGUGGGCAACAUUCAGGCAGAGAUUCUCGCCCGCAUUUGUGCCGGUGCCCAUGCCCAUGGACUGAAUGUACCGCUUUGCAUUGAGGCACUGCAACAUCGCUUUGCCGUUGGACAUGCCGGGCAUGGCUAUCCGAUGGUCGCCGAAAGCACACCACCAAAUCACCGUCUGCUGCUUAGCCAUGCCGGCGGCGGUGCGAGUCCACUGCUAUUUGCAGGACUACCGCGUAUGCCACGCUUUCCCCAACUAACGCCCCAUAUGCUGGCAGCCGGUGCUGCUGGUAAUGCCGGUAUGGGUGGACUGAGUCCCUUCUGUCGACGCACUUCCUCCGAUUCAAAUUCACAACACUCAAUAACGCCACCGCCGAAACGAUCACGAUCACAGUCCAGAUCACCGGAUAACUGUGUACAUCCGCAUCCCGCGGAGUCGGGUUUAGCUGGAUUGGCGGGAGCCGAGACCGAGGCGGGCCAGCGGCAAAGUCCCGAUCGCAUAUCAUGACCAUGUACCUCGUACUAUGCCAAGGCGUUGGCAUUUUAUCACUAAGAGCCCUCAUGUCAUGCAGCGCACAAACACUUUUGGAAGUCAGAUAUGCAGAUAUGAAAAUAUACGGAUAUACUCGUAUAUGGUUACAGAUAUAUCGGAUAUAUAUACAUAUACAAGAUAUACAAGAUGCAUUAUAUUGCUCAUGCUCACAUCGAGGAUCAAAGAUCGAGAAGAUCGAGGAUCGUCUGCCGCUCAUAAUACGAAAAUACUUUCACUUAGGCUAACGCUAAAAUAAUAAAUAUUUAGAUGGAUCAACUAGCAUUUUUUUUUCUAUACAUAAAUAUACAUACAAUAUAUGU